AUGCCGAGCAAGUGCGAAAUCUUGUGCGAGAUCUUAAUCGCCAUCCUCCUUCCCCCUCUCGGAGUUUGCCUCAGGCGCGGCUGUUGCACUGUGGAGUUCUUGAUUUGCCUGGUGCUGACAAUCUUAGGAUACAUCCCGGGGAUCAUCUAUGCGCUUUACGUGAUCGUGUUUCAGAACAGAGAAGAGUACUUCGAUGACGCAAGACGCCCUCUCUAUUACUCCGCUUGA